AUGGACGAUCCAGAAUUAGAUAAAAUCAGACAACAGCGACUUGCUCAAUUGCAGGCUCAACAAGGGGGGACUGGUGAUCCUAACCAUGCAAAAAACCAAGAAGAGAGAAUGCAGGCAAUGGAAGAAGCGAAACUCACAAUUCUUGCACAAGCGCUCAGUCAAGAUGCAAGAGCCAGAUUGAACACUAUUAAACUUAGUAGGCCCGAAAAAGGUGCUAUGGUUGAAAACAUGAUCUGCAGAAUGGCCCAGAUGGGACAAGUUCGUAACAAAAUAACAGAGCAAGAGUUGAUACAGCUUCUAGAAUCCCUCAAUUCACAGAUGCCUAAGUCAUCCAGCACUGUUAAGUUUGAUAGGAGAAGAGCAGCACUGGAUUCUGAUGAUGAAGACUUCUAG